AUGCGCCUCUGCAGUGAAGCAUACAAGUAUAUCCGCUUCACGGACUGCGACGGAAAUAACGACUACCUGGUUAUCGGAGGCUGCAACCACAAAGUGGGCCAGGAUCAAGUAGAGGGUCGCUUCCAAGAGCUGGAAACAUGGGUGCGUAAGCGAUUCACCAAGGCCGGCUCCGUUGACUACAAAUGGAGCGGGCAGGUCUUUGAGCCAGUAGACUACAUGGCCUUUAUUGGAAAGAACCAAGGAAUGAACCAUAUAUAUGUCGUUACUGGCGAUAGCGGAAACGGACUAACUCACGGUAUAUUGGCGGGGAAACUGAUCGCAGACGAGAUUGACGGGGUGGAGAAGCCGUGGGCGGCCCUUUACAAUCCCAAGAGACUAAGAAGUAUCACCAAAUCGCUUAGAAGCAUGCUUCAGCAUGACAUGCAAAUCAACACUCAAUACAAGCGCUAUUUCCAAACCGACAUUAAAGGUAUCGAAGAUCUCGCGGAGGGAAGUGGUGGUGUGCUUAACAAGGCCGACGCAGCAGCACCGAUAGCCGUGUACAAGGAUGAGGUCAAACGCAUAGCCUCAGCGCGAUCUGCCCUCAUAUGA